AAAUAAUAAAGAGACACAAAUACAAAAUUUAGAAAUUCAAAAAUAGAAAAAAAACUGGCGUCAAGUUUAAGCAAAUUCCCCAAUUUAUAAACCCUACUUCCGUUUCUCUUUUUCCUCACAAACCAAAAAACCUCUGCCGCUCUCGGAUUUUUCUUCUCAUCCUAUCGAUAAUGGCUUUACCAAACCAACAAACUGUAGAUUAUCCAAGCUUCAAGCUUGUUAUUGUGGGGGAUGGAGGAACUGGGAAGACAACUUUUGUCAAAAGGCAUCUCACUGGUGAAUUCGAAAAAAAAUAUGAACCCACUAUUGGUGUGGAGGUUCAUCCACUAGACUUUUUUACAAAUUGUGGGAAAAUUCGCUUUUAUUGCUGGGAUACAGCUGGACAAGAGAAGUUUGGAGGUCUCAGAGAUGGUUACUACAUUCAUGGGCAAUGUGCAAUUAUCAUGUUUGAUGUUACAGCCCGUCUGACCUACAAGAAUGUUCCUACUUGGCAUAGAGAUCUUUGCAGGGUUUGUGAAAACAUCCCCAUUGUUCUCUGUGGAAACAAAGUUGAUGUCAAGAACAGGCAGGUCAAGGCAAAGCAAGUUACCUUCCACAGGAAGAAAAAUUUGCAAUACUAUGAGAUCUCGGCAAAGAGUAACUACAACUUUGAGAAGCCUUUUUUGUACCUUGCUAGAAAGCUUGCUGGGGAUGGUAAUCUUCACUUUGUGGAAUCACCCGCACUUGCUCCCCCAGAAGUACAAAUUGACUUAGCUGCACAGGCAUUGCAUGAACAGGAGCUUCAAGCAGCCCUUAAUCAGCCACUUCCAGAUGACGAUGAUGAAGCAUUUGAAUAGAUGGCAGAGAUUAGUUUCACUGUUGCUUCUUUCCAUAUUUCUAGUCCUUUAAAUUUUCUCUAUUUGGACUUCUGUAUUUGUUUGAGGAUUUAUUUGCUGCUUCCUUGUAUUAUUGAUUGGUUAUUAGAUAUGUUUGUCUGGGGCCAAUGAGGCUGUGUUUUGUUAGGUUAGAUAUUCUGAUCUUGAUGUAAGUGUUGAGGCUCUGUUUUGAGCUUGUUAUAAUAUUACUUGGUCGCAUAUUCGGCAAUUUUUUCUCUGAGGA